AUGGAUAGAUACAGAGUUCCAGUAGCAGGCACAGUCGCUGCACCCAUCGAGAUUAGCAGCGACGAAGGAGACGAGAAAAAGGAGCAUCCCGCUUCCAUAUUCAAAAGCAUAUCUAGGAAAAGAAAACGGAUAGACCAUGGAACAGAGCCAAUCUUUAUUGGCUCAGACGACGACUGUCCACUCGUCAAGGAAACUCCGCAUUCACGUAUCGAAGAUCCUUGGAAUAAACGAAGGAAGUUGCUCGGUUCAACUAGCGACAGCUUGGAUGUAGACAGUGUCGAUAUUGUCUUCGACGAAGAAAUGGAGCACUAUGAUGACAUUGACAUGACCGUGCAUGCGUGGGAGGUAGAGCCUGCAGAUCGUAUAAUGGGGGCCCCUAGACUUGGGAAAGAAGAGUAG